AUGAGCACUAUGCUCGGUUGCCGCUUUGGUGGUGUGCUCGAGGGGUCGGUCUUUGGGCUACGCGGUGCAGUGUGGAGGCGCGUGUUUUCGCCGCCACGUGGGCUCUGCAGGGCGGCGUUUUCGACGUCAACCCCAGAGGGCUCUGAUCAAAGCGCAUCCUCCGUCGAGAGCUCGGGCCCGGUGCCUCAGAACGCUUCGGAGACGUCGCGCAUCGGGACGCUCUGGGAUCGGGAACCAGGGGGCGGCUCUCCAACGUCCGCUGCAGUCGUUGAUGCGAUUCUGCAGCGGGCGCAGUUUGAAACCGAGGCGCUGUCGCUCGCGGGGGGCACCACGGGUGAGGCCCGGCGGCGUCAGGAGCAGGCUCGAAUAGAAAAUCAAAUCCGCCGUAUCAUGCACGAAGAACUGCCACCUCAUUGUCGGCUCGAGGCACGCGAUGUCGUGUGGGUCUCGGACGACCUCUGCUUCGUUGGUGUCGGACUCUUGACAAACUUUGCCGGUUUCCGGUAUGCCAUGUCGCGCCGCCUCUACCGAGCUCGACGAGUUGCUGCAGUGCGGGACAUCUUCGACCGCAACACGAAAGACCGCGCCACGCUGCAGGACGUGUUCAAAAUCGUCACCGAUGACGUUGCUGCGAUGCUGACCUCCAUACAGGAACCUCCGCAAGCGCGGCUAGUGAACGAUUACAUGCUUCCAGCGAACCUGACGCCGCUGCCAUCGCGACAGCAUUCGGCAUCUUCUUCGCUAGACGCAGCGGGGCAAGAAAACGCGGCGCCGACUGUUGCAGAACAAACGCCGAACGAUGCAGACUUAAUGACGGAUGCCGCGCGCUUUCUCUCGGAUCAGAGCGGGCCGCUAAAUACUCCGCACAUGGGAGAGUUUAUUCUCGGCCGACAUGAUGUAGAUUUCGUGGAAUAUCUUCACGAGUUGGGCAUCAGGAUUGUGCCCGUGGAGAACAAGACGGAGCUGGACCAGAUGGAGCCAGCAACGAUUCCCAUUCAGCAGUCGACCAAUCAUCUGCUUAUGGUUGCGCCAACUGCCUUUGAGCCGAAUCUAUACGCAGCACAUGAUAAUUACUUCAUGCAUGAUCCGAGCGCCGUGGUCGCUGGAUUGAAACACCAGCCUGAUGAUGCAGAGCAGACCACCAGCACCACUGGUGCACAGGACAAACUCGUCUCGAUCCGUCGUCAGGUAUUGAAUGAAUUCGCGCAGCUCUAUUACCAAAUCGUGCAGAAAAUCGGGGCCCGAGUUCACCUUUUCACCCACGACAAAUACCACGAUGCACCGGACUCGGUGUUUCCGAAUAACUGGUUCAGCACGCACACGGAUCUAGAGGUCGGCGAGUGCACCCUCGUGCUCUAUCCCAUGAAAUCCCCGAAUCGUCGCCGUGAGCGUCGACCAGAGUUUCUUUCGCGCUUACACUCUUUCCGGCGGUAUACGCAUGUCUACGACCUGACGAGAGAGGAAGUCAGCAAGACGCCGCGCUACCUCGAGGGCACCGGCUCGCUGGUCCUCGACCGACCCCAUCGAACUGCAUACAUGGCGAUCAGUGAGCGAUCCGACCAGAAACUUGCCCGUACCUGGGCCAGGGUCAUGGGCUACGAAGUGAUUCCAUUCCACGCAACGGACGGCCACGGGCGCCCAAUUUACCACACCAACGUGAUGAUGUGUAUCGGAACGCACGUCGCCGUCUUCUGUGCGGAAUCGGUGGAGGAUUCACGGGAGCGGGCACUCAUUCUGGACCGGCUCCGUUCCACCGGUCAUGAGGUCGUCACCAUAACCCGUGAACAGAUGUGUCACUUUUGCGGCAAUGUGCUGGAGAUCGAGUCGCGCUACGGACGACCGGUGAUGGCGAUGAGCACAGGUGCUUACCACGCAUUCACACCAGAGCAGCGCCAGGUUCUUCGUGAACAUCUAGAUGAUUUGGUUCACGCCGAUAUUCGCACGAUUGAAGUAGUUGGCGGCGGCGGUGUGCGUUGCAGUAUCGCCGAACUCAUGUAG